UGAUGUGUCAAUUUCUGCGCUAAUGUUAUUGGUUAUUUACACAAUUAAGAAAAUUUAUUUAUUUAUUAACAAAAUAUACUUAAAUAAAUCGUUGUAGUGAAAAUAAACUGAUACAGCAUUAUGGGACCACCUCCAGUUGUCACUGGCAUUUCACCAAAAGAAGGCCCUCCUGGCACCAGAGUAACAAUACGGGGGGAGUUCCUAGGCAUAAGUGUAACUGAUUUAAUUGGACUCAAAAUAUGCGGCUGUGAUUGUUUGCUAUCAGCAGAAUGGAAAAGCAAGAACAAAAUAGUAGCACGAUCUGGACCAUGUAAGGGUCGAGGUGAUAUAAUAGUCACCACAAAAUCUGGUGGCGAAGGCACUUCAACAGUACAGUUUAGGGGAUACCAUGAAUCAGUGGGGCCUAUGAAAGAAAGUGCCGUGUGGGUGGAGGAGGCUGCACCCCCAUCUUUGCCAUGGGGCCGUCGUCCAAUGUCUCCUACAGCUUAUACCCCACCAGAUCCUUUGGGCUUGUCUACUGAAGGUGAUGACUAUAAGUUUCCAGAGGAAGAGUUACAUGAGCUAUUCCCUGAUGGGUCAGGAAAAUUGUCAGAUGAAAAUUUCCAACCUGGCUGGUAUCUUUUAGAACAUCAUAGCAACACUUCAUAUGAAGACUUAAAAGCUGGUAUGGUAUUUCUGCAGAGAAAGGUAGAGGGACAAAAAGAAGGGCAAUUAAGUUUUCUUAAAGCUAAUACUGGUGCUGUGAUGGACCAGUUAGACCGUCUUGUGCUUCUGAAGAACAUGUACGAAGAGGAUCAAAGGAAGAAUGGAAGAGAACCACUCCCAAGCUUGCAAUCGGCUAUUGAAGAAUCAAUUUCAUUGGCCGACUCAUUAUUCUCAGAGAUCUUAUCACGUAAAGAGAAUGCAGAUAAAACUCGCGAGGCGUUGUCUCUGCUCACAAGACACAAGUUUCUGUUCCAAUUACCCUCAUCCAUAGACAAGAAUAUCAAAAAGAAAGAGUAUGAUUUAGUUGUCAAUGAUUAUACAAGAGCUAAAAAUCUCUUUGGAAAUACUGAUGUGAAGCUAUUCCAAAAAAUCUUGGCCGAGAUUGAUAAAAAAAUUGAAGAUUUAAAAGAAAACUUGUUCAACAGAAUGAAAACAAUGCCUAUAAAUGUUCAAGAACAGACAAAAUAUAUCAGAUUACUGAUUAGUUUGAACUGGGACGGCGACGCCGCUUGGACAGCUAUACUGAGCCGUAAAGAUUAUCUCAUGAACCUAAUGAAUAAAGUAAAGGAACACUUCAAAAAGAAGGAGGAGCAAGAAUCCAAUGAGAAAGGUCGUCGUAAGUGUCGCGAGUGGGAGUGCGAGGGCUCAUGGAGCGCUACGCGUGCGGACUGGUGCGGUGCGGCGUGCGGCGCGCUCGCCUCAGAGCUGCACGCGCUGUGGCCGCUCGCAAGGAGGUACUUCGCUGGCGAGCUGGCCGGUCAGCCGACGUUGCCGCAGAGGCAUACGGACCUCAAGGAGAUGAUAAUAGCGAUGGUGGAGUCGUUUUCGGAGCAGAUGCGCAGCUGCCUGAUAUGUACGGGUGCGGGGGGUGGCGCAGGGCCGGGUGCGGGGGGUGCAGCAGGUGUGGCUGCAGAUGUGCUCCGCACGCGCCUCGUAGCCAAUCUACGCCACUUGCGAGAUGCCUACGAUUCACUGUUGAAACUCGACUUGCCUUCACAGCCGUUGAGUAUAGUGGAAAAGGUAAUAUUUGAUUACCGAGUGCAUGGUAUGACGGUGUUUCUGCAACGGGCGCACAAGAGAGUUAAAGGUCUUUCAGAGAAGGAGACGUGGAAGAUCGAAGAGUUUUCCGAUUACGGCGCCAUCACUAACUUGCCACACUUGCUAGAAAGUUACGUGAACGAUGCGCUGUCAGCUAUCCACAAGUGCGUGUUGAAUAGCGGACGGCGCGAGAGCCCGCUGCUGGGCGCAGGCGGAGAGCCGCUGGCGGUGCUGCAGAGGCACACGCAGCACACCCUGCUCGCCUUCGUGUCUGUGCUGCGUGACCUCACCAUGCAUCAUGAGGACCAGGACUUCAACAACACGAGCCUGUCGGUGGCGCUGGACCAGCGGCUGGAGGAGAGCGCGGUGGAGGCGGUGGCGGCGGGGCGCAGCUGGCAGCAGCGGCUACUUGUCGCCGGCGCCAACGCACAGUACACACGCCGGCGCACCCUCGCUAAUAUUCUGACUUCUUUUGAAAAUUACGAGAUGCCUAAGCCAAUACAAGCUAUCCAAGCAACGAAGGACGAACUGAGCGCUUUGGAGGAUAACAUAGCGGAGAUGUAUUUGGAGUACAAGGGCGACCCACUAGUGGGCACGAUAGAGCCCAGCAUGUACAUGGGCCGCCACCACACCGACGCCGACACUUUGCUCGACGACGCCAGGCCUUACGUCUACGAGAUCAUUAACAAUCUGAUCGCGGUGCAUGCAGAGGUGGAUAGUGUGUGCGGUGCGGCGUCGUCCCGCUACGUGCGCGACAUUUGUGAGACAGUGUGCGAGGAGCUGGCGCGUCUGGCGGCGUGUGCGCCCGCACGCAGUCGAGCCGCCGCAUUCCAGGCGCGUCUCGAGUAUUCCCUACUGCGUCUCGCAGUCGCCGACCACCUCACCAGGAAAGCAGAGAACUAUUUAAUGGAGGCUCUCGCCGGCCUGCCUCCUUUGGAAAACGAAGAAGACAAAAAUAGAAUGGAUAAUAUUAUUCAAGGAUUCAAGAAAAGAAUGGAACUACAACUGACCAGCCUAAAUUGCAACAUGGAGACUGUUUAAUUUAUAAUUAUGAAA